UCUGCGAGCAUCUAUCUCCGGCCUCUCUGCGGAUUCACGCUGAGUGUCGAUAGCUUCGUCGUCAACUUACCGCGCUGCUUUCCCAUUUUCGCCUCCGCCGCCGCCUCCGCCGCCGCCGACUUCGUUAACCAUUCCACCAUCGAGCUAGGCCUCGUGCGGAGGCCGUCAUUGAUGAGCAGUAGAUUGGGGGUAGACGACGUGAGUAGUGUGAUUGAUUGAUUGAUUGGAUAUCGAACGAGCGAAUAGAGAGAGAUGGCUUCCUCUUCUGCUUCUUUCGCCGGCUAUGGAGGUUCGGCUCUUCGUCUGCUUGCUGUGCUUGCUCUUCUGAGUGCCACGUGUCGUGUGGAGGGGAGCAAUCUCGUCAACAUUUUGAAGGGUGAGGGGCAAUUCUCCAUCUUCUAUCAGGCCUUGUUGCAAUCUGAGGAAUUGGCCUCCGUGGAGGGUAGAACCGUGCUCAACGGUUCCUCGUACGUCGUUUUCGCGCCGACGGACAACAGCUUUAGGGCGGACUUUGAGCCGAAAGUGCUGACGUGUCUUCAGCAGAGCGCCUCUCAGAAAGGACUCAUUGUCAAGCUUCUGAACUACCUGCAGAUUACCACUCUCCACACUCCUGUCGUCAACGCAGUGGAUCUUGCCAAGUUUGCAGUCGACGGGCGGCUCUGGACCGUCCUUGGCACCCCCAUCCUCGUACAGCAGACCGGCCCCGCGUCCGUCACUCUCUUCUCUGAGAGCAAAGCGAUGGAUACCGUCGUGAAUAGCGUGCGGCCUGUUGACACCAACGUGACGUUGGUCACUCUCGAUGCCGGGCUCGUUGUAGAUGACUCUCUAUCGGAGGAAAUCGUGGUGGCAUGUAUGGGCGGCGGCUCGAUCCCUGCGCCUGGAGUACCGGCGAUCCCUCGCCCAUCUAUCGCCCCUCCCAGGCAGACACCAACAACAACCACAGUGCCUCCGGCUGCCCCUUCCUCUUCCUCCCCCCCCCGUGCUCUUCUGGCGGGAAACAGGCGCUUGCUGUAGUAACCACCUCCCCUCCGCUUCUCUCCAUCUGCUUGAACACGGUGACCUCGUUCGAAAGUCGCUUCAUAGACUCUUCUCUUCUCUUGACUGAACACCUUUGUCCACUUCUUCCUCCCCUCCUCUCUCUCCCUCCCGUCAUCUACCCUUUACCUACCCCUUUUCCUACCUGUUCUUACCCCCGCUGCAGCACUGUAAUGUCGGCUCGCAGAAGCGUCUCGAAGAGACCGAUUGAAGUUGCCUAUCGGUCGAUGGCGAUAUCGAUUACUAGGUCUGUGAUAUGAGCGAGCUCAUCAUUCUUGUUUGUCCGUAGGAAUUGGCCAUUGAUUGGUCGAUGAUUGGUUGAUUGAUUGGUUGAUUGAUUGGUUGAUUGAUGGUAAAUGAGUUCACUUGAUUGCUCGUUAAUUGGAAAGGAGAUUCGCGGCGAAUUCCGCCACUUCCCAUUGGAUUUUCCCUGAACGUCUUUCGACGUUCUCUUGAGCGUGGGGUAGUGGGUCAAUUCUUGCUGAAAAUAAACAACACAGAACACGCUUUCCUCCGUAGUGUCAGAAUGGUGAAAUAAAUAGCACAUUUCGAUCACGAUACUUGAUAAUAGAUCCACGUGGUGGGGUAUGCGACCUCAUGGCAGCAGGACCACGUUCUGCACCUUGGCCUUACUGCGGAUGGGACUUACUUGAAGAGACCUUUCGAAAUGGUGUCGACGACGAUAGCCGCUCGAGUGGAUGAUGGUAAAAAGAUGGUUGGUGUGCUUCGCUUGAAUCCGUUGUCGAUCUCUCUCCCAGGUGGUUUGUGAGGUGGAUGCGGCAAUGUGGCAGCCCCGUUGGCAAUUUCUGGUGCGCAACCAGGUGGAACGCGCGUCGGGGAGUGCGCGUUGAGGUAUUUUUGCCCAUGUGGGUGGUGUUCUGGCAUUCUGUCGUUGAAGUGGAGGCAUAGCGGUCGGCGUCGCUGUUCCAACUCAAUUUCAAUUCUUCUUCUUCUCCGUCUUCUUUUCUCUCUUCUUCUUUUCUUCUACGCAGAAUUCACUUCUCAAUAACUCUUCUUCCUCUCGGGGAUGGCCGUGCGUUGAGCCUCACUUACAGUAUGUCUGUGCAGUUUAGACUGUCUGAUCUAAUUGUUUGACUGGACAAGUGGCGAUUGGCCUCGUGUUUUGUUGUAGACGUCCGUCGUUUCUACUUCACUUACGUAAUAUAACUUUUUGUUUCGUUAUUUACACCGUUCUUAUUAAUGUGAUUUUAUUCCGUCGUCGAGUUGCUGAAGAAAAAACGUUUUCAAAUUCUUCUUCAUCUCCUUGUCGAUGUCCGUCGUCUCUAUUUGGAAAGUUUACCGCUUCCUGUUUCAGAAGCCACAUUUGCGUUAUCGAUGCGACUUAUCCCGAUGUCCGUUUUCUGAAGACGUCAACAUUCUCAGUCUUCCUCUUGUCCUUCUGCUGCUUUUCUGUCUGCGUGUGUGAUUGUGUCUUACCUUCUGCUCAUUUGCUCUGUGUGUGUGUGUGUGUGUGUGUGUGUGUGUGUGUGUGUGCGUGUGUGUGUUUGCGUCUGUGGCACCAUCGUUCUGUCCGUCCUUCUCUGUCUUGACCCUCAGUGUGGGCGUGCAUGUACGUGGGCGCCUUUGUGUAUGUUAUUCUUAUGUGAUGGCUUACCCGGCAGCAUAAGAAUGGCUGUACCGCACUGUUUCGUCGGACUUUCACCGGAUAAUCAGAAGGUCCUCUGUGUGUGUGUGUGUGUAUGUGUGUGUGUUGCAUGUACGUGGGCGCCUGUGUAUAUUAUUCUGACGUGAUGGCUUAUUCAUUAUACACAAGUCCGCAGCAUAAGAAUGCCUGUACCGCACUGUUUCGUCGGACUUUCACCGGGUAAUCAGGUCCUCUGUGUGUGCGUGUGUGUGUGUGUGUGUGUGUGUGUGUGUGUUAUUAUGUGCGUAAUACAUAACUCCAGAAAAAUAAAUAAAUUAUGACCGU